ACAGGAUAUCGCAUGCGACGAUGGUGGGGAAAGAGGUUCGUGGAUGGUAUAAGAGUGGGCCAGCAUGUGGAGGCGUCGGCAGUCACACUGACUUACCUUUGAGUGAAACCCGCGACUAUAUUCAAGGGACGUGUGUUAGAGUCCCUCAAGAUGAAAGGGGCCACGAUAUUGCUGCUGGGUGCAGUGGCGUUGGUCGCAUACGCGUCUGCUCACCCCUACUCAAAAAUACCAGACGUGGCUCACCACCCCGAUGGAUACCACUUCAAGAAAUCGUCUUCGAACUCGAAUUCGAACAGCUACAGCCAGUCGAACCACGAUGAAGCUGAUAUCGGUGGCGUUUUCGGGGGUCAAGUUUUUUCCGGAAGUAGAGCGUCGGGCUACAACACCAACGGUGGAAGCAGCAGCCACGGUUCCAGCUACUCUUCCGCCUCAUUCGACGGGAAUAUCCCCUUCGGCAUUAUCGCCGGCAGUGGCAUUCCUGAUGCAUCCCAGAACCCGACCAGCUACAACCAGCUCAAUUUGGCCGGUAUUAACCCUGGCACCGCGGGCUUAGGACUUGGCGACAACGGGGCUGGUUCCUUGUCCAGCUUCGGAAGCUCUGGUAACCAGGUGACCGAAGGGACAUUAGCUGGUUUCGGUUCAUCCGGUGCUUACGGUGGUGCUGGCGGGAUCGGGUCAAGUUCUGGCUUUGCUGCUGGCAGCUCUAGCUUCAACUCCGGAAGUCAAAACUCCGCUGGCGGAGUGACUUUCGGCCAGGCGGUUACGCCGACACCCGAUUCGCUCGCAUCGUCCGGCGUCAUUCCCUACGAUCAAGUCAGUUCCAAACCCGGCGAGGUUCAGUAUUGGUGGAACGGAGUUGGCAACCCCUUCGGUUUGUCCGGCAAGCCAUCGGGCGGAUGCUCUUCAAACGGCUGCACAUUGUCCGGAACCUUUGAUCUCAGUCAGGGCGCCGGUGGCGCUGAGGCCUCGAACCAGGGCGGCCAGACAAGCCUGAACAUCAAUGGAGGAAAUCGAAAUCCGUUCUUUAGUGGAGGCGCACCCAAUCCCGGAUCUGGAUUUAUCACGGCCGGUGCCUCCUUCGGUCAGACAAACAUCGAUUCCGGCUCAUUCGGUUCUGGUUCGGACAGUAUUUCCAUCGACAGGUCAAAGAAUCCGUUCUUCAGCGGCAGCUACACUCCGAGUCCCGCCGGAUUUGCUGGAUCCGCUGUAUCUUUCGCCUCUUCCAAUACUAACGCCGGUUCUUCUGGGUUUGAAUCAGCUGCUGCAGGUGGCAGCUUCAGCGGAAAUCCCUUCCUAAAGCCCGGCUCUGUUAUCGUUCAGAAGCCCCAGGUUAUCAAAGAGUCAUCUACCGCUUCACCCGAGUACGUGAACGUCGGCUCUGGCAAUCCUUUCUUCAGGCCGGGAUCUGGCUCCGUUGUUGUAACACCGCCGGUUGCAGUGUUCGCCGAUCAGUUCAACAAAGAGGUAUCACAGACCCCGACACCGCUGCCAGACUUCAGCCCAACGCCAACACCCCAACUAUCCUCGGGUGGAAAUUUCUUCUUCUCCACGACCCCGACACCCGGAUUUUCUACUCUCGGCCCUGCCGGGUUCGACGGAGCUGGAAACUUCGAAGGUCAGAACAACCAAGUCCCGAUCUCAUUCGGAAGCCAGUCUACAAUCGGUUUCGAAAGUUCAACCCCCGCACACCCAACGCCGUCGAUAUUCAGCCCUGAAGAAGAACCUUCCGACAAUCAGGAUGGUUUGACAGUCGAUUGCAGCGGCGAGGGGAGAAUUUGCGUCCUCACGAGCCAAUGCGUGAACGGCAGAGUUUUCACCAGCCAACAAGGAUUGACGCAAAUCAGGAGUGGGCCUCAGCAGUGCAAGGUGAACCGCGAAGUCUGCUGCACUCUAACCGGAUAUUCUGGAGUAUCGACACCGGGAAUCGGUCAAGGUAGCUCUUUCACUUCCGCCGGCUCAUCUUCGACUGCAAACUUUGGAUCUAGUACAGGAAACUACGGUGGCUCUUCCAGUAGCUCAUUUAAACCAGUCAACUCUGGUUCUACAGUAAGCUUUGGACAGUCUGGACAACCUACUGAAUCUCCAUUAGGUUCCAGUUUGUUUGGGAAACCCAGUUCCUCGAGUUCUUAUGAUAAAUUAGGACAGUCUGGAUCUUCAUCAAGUUUCGGCCAGCUUGGACAAACAGUUUCUUCUGCCUCUAUUGCUCAAGUCGGGCAAUCCGGAUCCUCGGGUAUUUCCAACCAAUUCGAACAGACGUCAAGUUCCUUUGGUGCAGGUAACAAGUUGGGACAAAGUGGAUCCUCUGGCGUACGUGACCAAGUCUUCACUCAAUCCCGACCUUUAGGAAUCUCUGGUCAAAGUGGACAAUAUGAUUCAAGCAACUCGUACGGCCAAAACCAGCAGAAGGAAUCCACCAAUUUUGGCUUCGUAUCCAGUGAACAAACCUCAGCAAGUAACAGCGCAAACUCAGGAAGCCAAGGAGGAAGUGGAUUCACGCAAGGGAUCCCCUUAGGGUCUACUUCGGGAGACCUAGGAACUGGCUUCUAUAAACCAACCGGCAUCAACUACAACGGAGCCAAUUCCGGUUCGGGAUCGGCUAGCGCCAAUGCUAAUGCUGGCACCUUCACCUACACGACACCAUCUUUGCCCAACAAGGGAAGCUUCUCAGGCCUUAACAAGCCAAGCACAGUGGACACCGGUCUCUUCGGAUCAUCCGAUAAUUCUGGGGAAGAUUUGAGCGCUGGUGAGCCUAGUUUCACGGGGUCUUCAGUCGGUAACCAAGAGGCUUUUGCAUCGAACGGAUAUUUACCUCCAUUUGGAAGUGAACCCAGCAGCAACGUGCCAGCAUUCGCCAAGCCACCACUGUCACCAAAGGAAGGAGAGCAAGUUGGACCCACUAAUGUAGUCCCCAGCGUCAAAGUUCCCAUUCCAAGGCCCUCGGCAUUCGCGCCAAUCUCGGUACAAGUCGGAUGUGCUGCCGCACUUAUUUGCGUGGAAGAACAAUAUUGUACCCUAGAGGGAGUGAUUAGCCCACAACCGGUAGCGUUGACCACACAGCAAAUCGAAAGACGAGCUCCUCUUAGCUCGUGCAGAAAUCCGGACAAUGGCGUUAUCGGGAAAUGUUGUCGUGAUCCGAAUUACGUUGAUCCUUGGCCAACGGGUAACCUUCCCGCAAAUUACUCUGGAGGUUUUGACGAACAAGGUUUCCCAACGUAUUUGAACAUCGCUAAGACUCGUCCUCCUAAGAAGCAGCCGACUCCAACCAAGGGCGGUGCCUUUCAGCCCACCAAAACUGUUGGUGUAACUCCAACGAAGGGUAGCUUCUUGCAACCUACCAAAACAGUUGGACUGACUCCAACUAAGGGUAGUUUUGUUCAGCCCACCCAAACUAUCGCUGUAACUCCUUCUCCCUACCAAAAAGACGUCAGUGGAUCGCCACCACUCAAACAGUUUGGAAAUUUCUCAUUUGGACAAUUUUUUGAAAGGCCAGUGGAAAGUUUUCAAAACGUCGUCAGCCAAUUUAUUACCCCGCUGACUUCCACCGCAGCUCCUGUUUCACCUCAAUCCGACAAUGAGAUUACCGAAAAACCUGUCAGUAGUUCACCCGCUCCUAUAUUUGGCAUCUUUCCAAACCCGUUUGGAAAAAAUUAUGUUGCAUCUGAUACCAUCAAUAGCCCUGCAAUAAUUGCUCCACACACCCCGGGAACUCAGUGCGGCUUAAGAAAUAGAGUUCAGCGCCCAAGCUAUUUGGACAGAGAUGACGUCGCGUUUGGUGAGAUACCAUGGCAAGCAAUGAUUCUGUCGACCACGGAUCGUAAGCUUCUGUGUUCUGGCGUGAUCGUAUCUCCCAACGCAGUCUUGACAGCCGCUCACUGCGUCGAUGGAUUGAGGCCUGAAGAAGUCUCGAUCAAGGCUGGCGAAUGGAAAUUAGGGUCCGAAAUCCAACAGGAGGAGCCUAUCCCCUUCGAGAUCGUUAAAGUUCUCAAUAUCCUACCGCAUCCAGGUUAUAACUCAGGUUCUUCAAGUUACGACCUUGCCAUCCUCUUACUUGAGCACCCCGUGCGUCUAGAUCAGCACGUUGAUACUAUUUGCCUGGGUAACAUUCCCCAGCCUACAAUUGGAAGAAAAUGCAUCUCUACGGGAUGGGGAAAGGUCGUUCUUCAAGUACAUGCGGCUGGUUCCUUGAUGCACGGCAUUGACGUUGACAUAGUACCUCAGGAUGAGUGCAAGCGACGUGUUCAGGGCGCUGAAUCCCCGGUAGCAAUCGACAACACCUUGACAUGCGUGAAGGCUCAGAAGGAGAGGAACAACAUGUGCCAAGUUGACGUUGGCGGCCCAUUGGCUUGCGAUCGUGGAGACGGUAUCUACGAGCUUUCCGGAAUUUACAGCUACGACACCGGAUGUUUGCCCACCAAUCAGGUCGCAACUUAUGCUCUAAUUGACACGAACUGGGUGAAGCAGACGUUGUCUUCCCCACCGUUACCAAACUUUGAACGCCAAGUCCAGAAGCCAGCACCAGUCUGCGAUUGCCAGAAGAGCUAUCUCCCACCAUCACUCAACCAGUACCUUCCGCCAGUAUAAACAGUGACCAAGUGAUAAGUUCUUGUUGCAAUGAUGAUAAUACCUUUCUACCAACGUAUGUCGUCAGAGCGGUAUGAAAAUUAUACUGCUGCCGAACGAGUAACAUGUAAGAAUGCCAUAUAUUUCCAAAAAGAUAUGGAAAAACGUUUUUUACGUACCCAAAUUUUUGGAAAACGAAAAUGUAAUUCAACGAAAUUUAUAACAAAAAAACGUGGUAGAACACCCUUGUUUAUUUAACCAUUCCAAUUGAGCUAUAUUGUAUCGCAAGAGAACAUCUCUAACACAUUUUUGAAACCCUAAGGUCUGAUUUUAAUUUAUAUCGUAACUAAGGAUUAAAUCUAAACAUAGACUUAAAUAAAAUAGAGGUACUUAAGAUAUACCAUGGGGCUCCAAAUCUUUUGAUAAUCAAAUUCAUGUGUACUGUUCCAAAAGAUUUGGAUGCCAAAACGAUCCUUGGCAUAUCAAAAUCUUGAGACAAUAUUGAAAUUUUGAUGAAGCCGAUGCACCUAUUUUUCUAAGGAACUUAAUUAAGCUAAGAAUAAAAUAAAGUUUGAUAUUUUAUUAAAAAUA